AUGGGCGCAGCUCCCAGCAAACCAGACCCCUACGGUCUAUACGCACACGCCUACCCGCCACCGCUCCUCCCAACAUCCAUGGCUAAAGCCGAAGGUCCAACCGAAAUCCUCGUUUACGCCAUGGGCAUGUUUGCCGGUGCCAACGCUUCCCUCUUUUUCGUCUACUUCCACUUAUUCGGCGGUCUUCGCUCCCGUUCGCAACCAUCCCGCGAUCCAUACCUACUCCAACUAGCCGUGCUUAUAUCCGUACUAUGCAACCUAACCCUGGCAAUCGUCGGUUUCGUAUGCCUGUACAACCGCGCACUAAUCGCCCUCUAUUCCAAAGUAGGAUUCGACACAAACGCAAUAGAAUGGUACGUCCCAUUGUACCACACGAUGCAAGCUAUACCCGGGGCCAUAGGACAGUUGUAUUUCGUGGCUAGGAUCGCAAAGUUGUUCGACGUGAGGAAGAAAUCUACCCGGAUAGGAGUGGCAGUGGCGACAGUGGGGAUAACGGCGCAGUUUGUAUUGAUGAUUUGGUUCGGAGCUGCAUUUUAUGCUGUUCGAUACAAACAUCGUCUUCUAGACCCCAGCACGAGACAUUGGGUGAAAGGAAUUAUUUCUGCAUGGGCAAUUAUCUUUGUCUUGCUCGAAAUCAGCACGACCCUGACCACAAUUGCUCGGUUGAUCGUUCUCCGUCGACAAACUUCCAUGGAUGCCGCCCGGCGUGUACUAUUCAACUUGGGAGUGUACUCAUUACAAGGACAGGUAGUUUUGGCUACCUUCUCGUUAACCAGCUUCUAUUUGUUCUCGACUAGCGUUAUUGGGUGGUAUACUCCCAUCUACCUCCUCAGUGGAGCGCUGUAUACAACGGUGUUGUUGGCGAAUUUGAUCUACAGGCAGGCGGUAAGCACGGCGAUGCAUAAAGCAACUUCCGACUACUCACCCAGUGCGGAUCCGGAGAGACAGGCGCAGAGGAACUUCGAUUUCAAUGCCGUCUGCACUUAUCGCUCGGGGAUGGAACAGGAUAUCCAAAUGGAAGAAACGGGGAAAACUGAGGAUGAAAGUUGGCAGGGUGGGGAACGAAGGUUUACCGGGUUCAGCUCACUUCAUGCAGUGCGAGUAGGCGAGGUUGGGCAUGCGAAAACCUUCUCGGAAGGUGCGGAUGCGGCGAUGCGCGAUGAUACAAGGCUUUUCAGAUCAGACCCAGGAACAGGAACAGGAACAGGAACAGGAAGGGUGGUGGGGAGACCCUUUGCGGUUAGAGCCAGUCCUCCGACUAGACCAGCGCCGUUGGUGAUGGUUACAAAGACAACUUCGCUUCAUUCGAGUGAGUGCGUUGCUGAUCAGUAG